UCUUAAACUGACCAAUAACAAUUGUCCAUUCUCCCCCUGCUAAAGCAUUCCUUGGCGUCAGUGUUGGUCCGUUUACUUUAGUGGUGUUGUUGGAUUUAUUUAAUCUGGAUCAUGGAGAAGAAAAGUUCUGAGAAAAGAACAAGAGCUCAGUCAAAAUCUCCAGCAAGGAGUAAAACUACUAAUCGCCCCAAGUCAAAAUCUCCUGGAAGACAAAAAUCACCAGGAAGACCAAAGUCACCAGGAAGACCAAAGUCACCAGGAAGACCAAAGUCGCCAGGAAGGCCAAAGUCACCCAAAAAAACAAAUAACCCUCCCAGUAAAUCUCCAACCCGUGCUAGUAACAGAUCUUCCAGUCGGAAAACUUCACCUGCUCGCAAAAUAUCUCCUAUACGCAAGAUAUCUCCUGUACGCAACAUUUCUCCUGUGCGUAAAUCACCUCUAGCCAGGAGAUUCACACCAACAACCUCAAAUGACAACAGUAUCAAAGAAAGAGCUUUAAUUAAUUCACCUUUUAUUCAACUGAACCGUGAAGAAGCAAAACCAUUGCCAAAAUCAUUUGAAUCUCUGAGAAAUGAAGGGCCAGGAGAUGAUGUCGAGGUGUUAUUUAUUGAUGACAAUAUAAGAUAUAAAACCUCAUCCAUCAAUGUUAAGUUUGGGGGAAAAUUAAAUGUUGGGGAUGUCAGAAAAGUGAAAUGGGAAGAUGGAAACUACUAUGAUGCUCGUAUUUUGGAAAUCGCAAGAGAGCGCUCUGUAAGCCUACCUAAAGCCUCCACAUCCUCUUCUUCAUCUUCCCAGAUUAGUCAGGUGUUUUCUGAGAGUACCAUUAUUAGAAGAUCAAGCAGAUUGAGACGAGAUGAGGAACUGGACAAGAUUACAAAGGUGAUGAAUGCCGAAGUAGACAAAAUUCUAAAGGCCAAUAAUGUGCCUCCUUCGCAGUAUGAAAGCAAGUUUGGCGAAAAACCUGUGAGAGAAUUUGGCAGUUGGCCAGGGGCACUCCUCACAAUCUUGCUGAUGCCUACUUUGGCACUGGCUCUACAGAUGUCCUGCAAUAAGUCCAAAGGUGCUGGAUUGGCUCAACCAUCCACCAACUGGAGAGUGUAUUUCGAUUUGUUCUCGGCUGGAUACUACUUGGCAUUUAUGGCAUGGCAGAUUCUGCUGUCUUCUGUACCUCUGGGGCGCAAGGCCUCCUAUGGACCAGUACACACGCUCGGCUCUCAGCGUUUUUUAUUUCACAAAAAUCCUACGGAAGGCACACACUCCAUGCUUAUCACGGGAUUCUACAACCUCCUGUUGACUCUAUCGGUGCUAGGAGGACUCUACUACUAUGGAUUCAACGUGACCACUGUUGUGAACAAGAGUGUGGCUUUGUUGACAUCUGCCGUAGUUACUGCCCUGUUAUUGGCUCUAUUCCUGUUCAUCAAGGGUGGACGUACCACCGCAAAGCGUAACAUCAAUGCUGACGGCAACAAACUUUAUGACUUUUUUGUUGGGAGAGAACUUUAUCCCGCUUUGGGACCGCUCAACUUCAAGGCACUCAUCACCCGCAUGGAGUUUGUGGGCAUUAUGUUACUGGAUGUGUUCUACCUGCUGAAGUAUAUCGAGACUCAUGCAGCUGGUGUCCACUCUCCCACUCUGCUGUUUGUGGUGGUCGCUCACACCAUGUAUGUGUUGGAUACUUUGUGGUUUGAGGAGAAGUUCAUGACGACAUUUGAGGCUCAGUCUGAAGGAGUGGGUUACAUGAGCACCAUGGCCGCUGCGACCUGGCCAUUCCUCAUCACCUAUACUACAAGAUAUGUCUUGUACACUAAUUUUGAGGCACCUACAUAUCGUUUAAUAAUUUGUGGGAUUUUCUUCCUCCUGGGAUAUUACAUUUACAGAGCGAGCAACUCUCUUAAAGCAGAAUUUCGCAAGAAUCCUCAAAAUCCAGUAUUUUCAGACUCACAGACCAUAUCCACAUUCAUGGGCAAGAGGUUGCUUUGUGACCGCUGGUGGAAGCUGGUUCGCCACCCCAACUACGUGGGAGACAUGAUAAUGAUGUGGUCUGUGGCUGCGGUGUGUGGUCUGUCACACUGGCUGCCGUAUGUGUUCCCUCUCCUCCAUUCGGCAGUGCUGGUUCACAGAACGUUUCGAGUGGCCACUCGUUGCAAGACCGUCUAUGGCUUGGCCUGGGAUCGCUACACACAGCUUGUCAAGUACCGUCUUCUGCCUCGCGUGUUUUGAGAACCACGCAUGGUGUAAGUCCAGUGUUAGUGCCACAAGUGUUCUUGAUCUCCAAAAAUAGUACAGCCUUCUGCCUUGUAGUGGACAGCACAUUGGUGUGAAUGUAAAAUUUUAAGAGCUCUAUGAAGUUUUUUUUUUGUUUGAAAUUAAGUUUAAAUAGAGUAUUACUAUAUUUAAGAAAGCACAUUAAUAUUUUAUUUUGUCAAUAUUUAUGUAUUGAUGCAAUUUUUAAUUGAUUUUUAGCACUAUGACUUAUUGUACAUAUAGUAAAAAUUGUAGUUACUAAUUGAUUUUUUUCCAGUUUAACGUUUUAUAUAUGUCUUGCAAUGUUAAUUAUUAGAAUGUUGUGUAUCCCUUACAUAAAAAAUACAUUUUUUUGUUUUCAAAAUGGACUGCAGGGUGAACUUUAUUUAUUUCAAGUAGUACUGCUGUAAAUUUUAGCUUUUAGUAAAAGCUCAUGAAUGAAAUUCCAAAUAUGAAGACCAAACAAGCAAUGAUGUAUGUGAUACUUUUUACAGCCACAGUUUCACUACAUGUAUUAAUAAAAACAUAAUACUAUAUAAUAUUUAAUGAAAGGAGAAAAAUAAUUUAUAGGAAUUAUUUUGUAUCUAAUCUCUUCUCCUUACUGCAUAUAUUUUUUUAUUAACAUAAAACUUUAAAAUGUUCGGUUUAUAUUAAAUUGUUAAUAUGUGUUAUAAAGAUUGUUAUAUUUAAAAUAGUAAAAAAGUUGUUCUCAAUAGAAAUUUAGGUGAGCAUUACAACAUAAUUUGCUUCUAUAUUUUGAACGGUCAGUUAUGAAUGUAUUCCAAAUUUCUCUUUGUAAAUAGUUAACAUAUUUAAUUCAAGUAGAGACUUAAGUUAAUCUGUUACAAGUUUUAGAAUUUAAUAAUUAUUUAUAGUGUUUUGAAGGGCAAAUAUAAAAUUUGCCUUGUCAUUUUUAUUUUGUGUAUAUAACUCCCCAUGACUGUAUAUGGUACAAAUUGUUACAGCCUUAGCUUUUCUAAAGCUGGCAAACAUUUUGCUCGGCUGUAUUUUAUAUAAGAUCAAAGUUUGUACAAUACAGGUUUUGAUGUUUUAAUGUAAGUUUUACAAAUAAAUGUGUACUGUACGUUUAGAACAAUUAAGCCCCAUGUAUAUAGAUAUAAUUGUGUCAGCUGUGUUAAGUCCCCAUGUGUGUGUUUGAACUGAACAUUGUAGGAAAUGUUACGAUUUUAUUAAAGAAAAUUAGAUUUAGAUUUAUUUGUUUUGUUUUGCUAUAAUUCGUUUAGACAAAGAAUGUAAAGCAGGUUGUUGGUGUUAUACAUCACUGGUUUGUAUUUUUUGACUUCCAAUACCUUUUUUUUACAGUCUGCUUUGAGUGUUGACAUUACAAAAAGUUUUCCAAUUGUUAAUUUGAAAAAUUUGUUAUGGCUAUACAGCAUAACUGGUCUAGUUGUACAAAGAAUGAAUAGCUGGUAUCAAAGUUUUCCAAGAACAUUUUUCAUUGUUGCUGUUUUUAAGGUUUUUUCAUAUAAAAUUGAACUUUUAUUCCCUUUUAUUAAUAUUUUUGGUUUAUUAUUUAUUAUACUACUGAGUAGUAUCAUUAAUUAAUUACUCCUUUAAAAAUGAAAUUACACUUUUGUUUUAAAACUAGUUUUGAAAAUACUAAGUAUUUUCUUGUUCUUGGAAAUGACAUUGUUACCAAAGAAUAAAUUCAUAUUAUAUUGUAUAAAACUAGUUAAGUUGUAAAGUAGUAUAACUAGUGGAAGGUAAAAGCUAUAGUAGCUCUCUCCCCAUAGUUUUUCUAUCAGAUGUGGUUUUAAACAAUAAAAGAUUUUAUCUCAA